AUGCCCGUCGAUAAGCUACACCAAUACCAAAUACGCCUUUUGAGUCAUGCUAGAGGGAACGACAAUAAUGCCGAUAGAGACUCUGAUGAUGGAGAUGCUAGCGACGCGUCACUAGAUGAACUUUUGGACGAGCUGGAUGGCGAAGAUGAUGAAUUUAUACAGAAAUACCGCGAACAGCGGCUUCAACAGAUCGCUACUGACAUGCGCACAAUCAAGGAGAAUGUGGAAACAGAGCAAUACGGUCAAGUAACUACCGUGACGGAAGAGAGAGAAGUCAUCAGACUUACAGCAUCGUCAAAUCAAGUCGUGAUUCAUUUUGCACUGGAUACUUUUCGCAAAUGCUCAACCAUGGAUUCGAAGCUCUCACAACUUGCAUCAAAGCAUCUCCUGACACAGUUCAUACGUGUAAGCGUAGACAAGUGCCCGUUUUUAGUAGCCAAAUUACAAAUCAAAGUGCUCCCGUUCGUAAUUGCGUACAACAAAGGCGUGGAAAGAACCAGAAUCGUGGGCUUUUCAAAACUCGGAAACCAGCCCGAAGACUUCGAUGUUGCAGUUCUAGAAAACAUUUUAUUCCAGGCCGGAGUGCUUGCAAAUAAAUCCAGAACUAGUCAUGAAUCCCGAUGGAAGGCGUCCAAGGGCCGCGGAAGUGACUCGGAUUCCGAUCUUGACCUUUGA